AUGCGCGCUCACAUUUUAGCUCUUCUUUCUGCAACAAUAAUAUUUGUUUCGUGUCAAUCCUCAUCCUCAUCUGGAACUCCGUCUUCAUCUUCAACCGCUUCUGUAACUUCUACCACGAAGUAUGCCAAUUCUUCUCCAUCAUCAUCUGGAACUACUUCAUUUCCUGGAAACACUGGCACUUCUGAAUCUUCUGGAACUUCUGGCGCUACCAACAAAAUGUAUUCCACCACCAGCGACCCCGAUUCCUUGAACCUGAACAAUGUGGAGAAGCUGGUGACUUACACUACCAAACAGAAGACGAUAUUCUUCGCGUGUUGUGGCGGUACCUUCGUUCUGCUCAUUGCUCUUGCGAUUCUCUCUGGAAUGUCUGACACCAUUGCCCGCUCUCGUCAAAAGAAUACAAGAACUCAUGCUUGA